CUUCCUGACGACAAGCCAACAACUUCUUCGACCUACAACCUCUUGAGAGAACCUCUUGAAAACGAUUGACCCACUCCUGUACAAACUUCGUCGUUUGGACGGUCUUUUGCCUUCGAACACUGCGGCGAGAUUGCCAUCACUUCUAAUCCUCUUCCAAAUCUCAUCACCAUCUGCUCGACUUAGGUUCGCGGCCACCUGCCCACGACUGCGGUAGUACCUGGGAGGCUCAUCAACGCCUCUUUCAUCUCGUCAAGUGCGACUCCCACCCCUUCCUUCUUCCUUAGACCCAAAGAUGCCUUCAGCAACUAGCGGCCAGUCAUCUUCACUGGAUGCCAUUCUCAACAGCCUUCAACAGUCCCUCAAUCACGGCGAUUCGAGCCAUGCCCAGUCACAACUACAAAAGGCCAAACUGGCACUGUUGCAACAGAACGCCCUGAUCCCUUCUUCCCAGACACCUAUACAGACCCUUGCCACCGCCCGCUCGGUGUUAGAAGCCGGCGCCUUGCUCUCCAUCCGCUCCAAAGACCCUGAAUCCUUUGUCCGCUAUUAUUCUCAACUUCAACCCUUCUACGACUUCCCGGGGUUGCAGCAAUCACCGCCACGAGAUCGGUCCAAGAUCACAGGCUUAUAUCUUCUGCUCCUGCUGAGCCAGAGUGACUAUGCUGGGUUCCACACCUUGCUGGAAUCGCUGAUUGUGGCGGAAGGCGCAAAUGGCUCUAGUUCCGUGGAGGAGGAUCAAUUCAUCAAGUAUCCUAUCGAGUUGGAGCGAAGUCUUAUGGAAGGUAGUUAUGACCAGGUGUGGCGCAAAACCAAUGGACGAGACGUGCCUGGAGAAGAGUUUGCCUUGUUCUCGACUAUCCUCAUCAACACAAUCCGUCUAGAGAUUGCCAGCUGUGCUGCACGCUCUUAUGCGUCUCUCCCUAUUGCCUCGGCGAAAAAUCUCCUGUUCCUCGACUCGGAAGGCGCCGUUUUGGAGUUUGCAAGCGAGCAAGGUUGGAGUAUUGAGGAAGGUCGGAUAUAUUUCCCCGGAUUGGAAGACGCAAAGAAGGCCGAGCAAGGGGAUCAAAAGGAGGUUAUCAAUCACAUGGUGGAGUAUGCGAGAGACCUUGAGAUGAUUGUGUAACCGUCAUCUCUUCCUAUUGAAAGCUGCGCCAUGCAUAGACCUGUACUCCUAGAAUAGAUGCAAUUGAGAUGAUGUUCUGAGUCCCCAGGGGCUCGACAUCCAGUUUGCUCAGGAUCACGAGCUUACAGAUCGACAUCUUUGAGAAAGCGAUCUAUUCUUUGAUUUUCUAUUAGGCGAACUGCAGCUCUUGAGUCCACCCAGAUGUCAUGCAUCCAC